AUGUUAUUUACCGUACUCGGAGUUAUUGCUCUCUUCCUGAGAGAAAGAAACAUCAAUUCCACCGUCUCAGGUCAAGAUGAAAGAUUCGACCGUCAAGGAGAAUUGGUCACGGUACCCCCCGUGACCAACAGUGAUGGUCGAGAAAUCGGUGACUGGUGUGAAGAUUCAUCUUUGCAUCUGGAGGAACAGAUCAAUGUUCAGACUGAGGAACCAUCACUGGAGGAACCUGUUGAUGGUCAGAGUGAAGAACAAUCACUGGUAGAGCCUGACAGUGUUUACGGUGAAGAACAAUCUGUGGUCUUUGCUAAGCCCGGCUGUAGUCAUGACCGCCCUCCAAAUGUGGCCUUUGCUAAGCCCGGCUGUAGUCAUGACCGCCCUCUAAAUGUGGUCUCUGCUAAGCCUGGCCGUAGUCAUAACCCCCCUCCAAAUGUGGUCUUUGCUAAGCCCGGCUGUAGUCAUGAUGACCCUCCAAAUGUGGUCUCUGCUAAGCCCGGCUGUAUAGAUGAUGUUGCUCAAGGUGCAACCUGUCAGACAGAGGGCACUGAUCCUCCUCAGCCAGAAGAGCAGAAGGAUAAAGACACACAGAUCAUUGAGAUUAACUCAAAGUCUUAUGAAAUUAGCGCUGAGCUGGGCAAAGGAAGUUUUGGAACCGUUUUCGCAGGGACCCGUUUACAAGAUGGCCUUCAGGUGGCAGUAAAAAGGGUCGACUUCAAGGUUAAGCGACUCAUCCAUGUUGAUGAUUUUGACCAGCCACUUCCAUCGGAGAUCGCUCUGCAUUUUCUUGCCACUAAAGGCCCCAAGAUUAAGCAAAUUGUUAAACUUCUGGACUGGAAAGUGGAGGAUAACUGCUACUUUAUGGUCCUAGAGCGGCCCAUACCUUGUGUGGACUUGCGUGAAUUCAUAAAAAAACAAAGAGGCAAAAUCCCAGAGAAGGUAUUAUGGAAAAUCAUGUUCCACACAACAAUUGCAGCUGACAUCUGCUGCAAACGUGGAGUGCUUCACCGUGAUAUCAAGCCCGAGAAUUUGCUGAUCAACCUGCGGACCUAUGAAGUCAAACUGACUGACUUUGGUUGUGGUGAACUCCUUACUUUGGGCUUUUACAAACAAUUUUGGGGCACACCACAGUACUGCCCUCCCGAGUUUAAUACCACAGGGUUAUAUUACGGAGAGCCAGCAACAGUGUGGUCACUCGGGAUUCUUCAGUAUUUGCUAAUGUUCAAAAAAUUUCCAGACAACCGUGACCUCCACAAGUUGACUUUCAGAAAUUUACAGCAAUAUGGAUGGUCAAAAGAAUGCUGUGAUUUCAUCAGCUGUUGCCUGCAGACUGACUACAGAUUUCGGUAUAGGCUGCAAGCACUCCGUGUCCAUGGCUGGUUUAAGGUAAUGAAUAGAUUAUGA